GGCGCGCAGAAUAAAAUUAUGCCACGGACACAGCAAUCCAGCCUUUUCCUACUUGGUGGCUGAGAGAGCUCUCUGGAAACUCUCCGGCCCACACUGACACACUAUGUCCCUGGAACAUCCGCUGUUACUCAAACCGGAAACUGGCGGUCAAAUGAACCGCCGGUUCACAGCCUCUACAACAUCUCUUUUGCUUCCACCAAACCGUUACCGGAAAACCGCUCUUCCUUGUUUUUACCGACUCUCUCCUUCUCGGAAAACCGCCUUCCAUGCACUUUAUAGGGUAUCGGCGGUUGCGGAAUCGAAAUCGGGAGCCGUGACGGAAGAAAACAUAUCUGACCCGCCGGUGAAAAUAGUGGCCAUUGUCGGCCAUGGAAGCAUCAGCCCUCUGAAAUCCGCUACUUGGGAAGAGGUCAUGCUCCACACGGCAAAAAGAAUGAAAUGGGUGGAUGAAGGAUAUGAUAUGCUUGUGUUUACUGAUAAAUUCUGUGAAUUUAGUGGUGAGAAUGGUAUAAAUCUGCAAAGAGAAUUAAGGGGUGUGGAUAUUUUGGUGAUUGUUGGUGUAACAAACCAAGAAUCAGUGAAAUGGGUUCGGACUAAUACCGAAAAUGUUGAUAAUAUAAUCUGCUUUGAGUCCUCUCCGGAUUUGGGAAACAAAUUAGGAGGACGUUAUGUAGAUAAUAAUCAAGAUGAAGGAAAUAUUUUUAGCAAAAUAUCAAAGAAAAGCAGCAAUCAAUCGGUGGAGGUGGUCCAAACGGUGUCUGAGGCAUGGGAGAGGUAUAAUUCUGAUGAUAUAAGGUUUUGCUUGUUGGUUAUAAUUAAUGCUUACAUAAAACCAGUUCCAAUUUUGAAGAAUCUGAGAGCAAAAGGGUUUUCUACUCUGAACUGCAUGGUAAAGAAUUGUGGGACUCAGAUACUGAACUGCCUCUUGGAUCCUAGUUGUAGGAAAGCUCUUCAAUGCUUGAACAAGUGCAGUCCAGUUGAUCAAGUGUGUAAUUAUCGUUGUAUUGCUUCAUACGAAAGUCCAAAUCUAGAAGCCUUCUCUCUGUGUGUUUUGCAGAAGAAUAAUUGCCUUGAACUGGAUGCCAAAAUCCCUGACAAACCUUAUGUGCCUCCCAUGGUUAAAUUUAGAGGGAUGGACUUACGCCAUGAAGUUGCAGAAGAUAUUUUUGUGGGUUGGUUGGGGGAUUUGAAUUGGAGUUGGCGUGUUCUGGCAGGGCAAAACCCAGCCUAUGAUCAGUUUCCAUGCCAGUAUCAGCUCUUUUACAGGGGAAAGGCAAAAGGGUCAUUUUGGUAUGAGCCAGUUUUUCAGGUGAAAACUCUUGAAGGGAAUAUGGUUUGGAGGAGGCGAAAGUAUCGAGUUAAGAGAGGCAAAGUCCCUGGGACAUUCAACUUCAGUGUCUUGGAUAAUGGGGUUGUUUCUAAUGAGUUUUGGACAAUUGUGGAUGCACCUGAUGAUCUUAGUUGGGCUUUAUUUCACUAUAGCGGGGCUGCUCGAGUUGCCGGGCAAUCUUAUACUGGGGCGGUGCUUGUCAGUCCAGAUGGGCAAUAUCCAAUUGAUGCAGAGAAGAGGAGAUUAGUUUCUGCUUUAGAAAGUUGUGGAAUUAAAGAAUGGGAACUAUAUACGGUUGAUAAUUGUUCAUGUCAAGAUCCUCCAUUGGGAAUUCCAGAGGGUUCCAGACUGCAUUCUGUGAUUGAAGUUAAAGACAAGAAAUGGGACUCGUUGUUGGGCUCACCAGCAGUUUGAAACUCAAAUUGGAUUUGUGUUAAAUGAAAUCUAGAUUAGUUAGCUAGUAGCUUUUUAGACCUCGCUCUAAACCCGAUGGACUUCUUAGAUUCUCAAAACAAACCGAACUCUGAUAUCAAAGGAUCAGUUUAUAUCAUUUCUCCUUGCACCAAACCAGUUGGCCAAAGAAUCUAAUGUGUUAUACUGUUACCUCGUCCUUUUUUUCUUAGAAGUUCAAUCAAUCAAUUUCACUGUAUUUAUAUGCUUUGUAAAAGAUGAAAUUUUUUUUUUUUUUUUUUUUUGGGUUUUUCUGUUGCCAGU